AUGACUGAGGUCGUCUCAAGCAUCCUAGGACCUCUUGUGGAGAAACUAGCUUCAUCGGCUGUGGAAGAAAUUCAACUGGUAUGGGGCGUCAAGGAUGACCGAGAGAAGCUCAAGAGCACGCUAGAGAUGAUCCAGAAGGUGCUUGCCGAUGCUGAGCAGAAGCAAACGAAAGAGGCAGCUGUGAGGCUUUGGUUGUUGAAGCUUAAAGACUUCUGUUACGAUGCCGAGGAUGUGCUAGACGAAUUCGAAGUUAGGGCUUUGUGGAGGAGGACGAGGUCGACCGAGCACUUGACUCUCAGAAGGAAGGUACGCUACUUGUCCUCGUGGAUAUCCAACUUCAUUUUCCAGUUUAAGAUGGCACAUAAUAUGAAAGAACUGAGAAAGAGAAUUGAUGGGAUCAACGAAGAGAAAACUCAGUUCAACUUGUCGAGUGAUGUUUAUUACAAGACCAUAGUUCCUCGGAGGGAAACUCAUUCUUUUGUGCCCCCUUUGAAUGUGAUUGGAAGAAACAAAGAAAAGGAAAUAAUAAUAGAGCUGUUGAUAAAAUCAGAUGAUGGUGGAGCUGAAACGAUAGCAGUCCUUCCGAUUCUCGGAAUGGGAGGUACUGGAAAGACGACUCUCGCUAAAUUGGUAUACAAUGAUGAUAGGGUAAAUCAACAUUUUGAUCGCAAAAUUUGGUUAUCCAUGCCAGUAGAAUUCGAAGUUAAGAAGAUAAUAAGAGACAUCAUCGAGUCUCUUGGUCACAAAGAAAAUAGUGAUAGACUUGAAAUGCUGCAAGAUUGCCUAAGAAACAUUGUGCAGAACAAAAGGUGUUUGUUCGUAAUGGACGAUGUGUGGGAAGCGAGGAGGGAGGAUUGGGUGGGACUGAGAGAUUUGUUAGGAGGCGUUUCUGAAGGGAGUAAAGUCAUUGUGACUUCGCGGAAUAAAUCGAUCACCGAAAUCAUGGGCGCUGUCCACCCGCUUAACUUGGCCAACCUUUCGUGGGAGGAAUCUUUGAAUUUGUUCGUGAAGUGCGCAUUUGAUCAGGGGCAAGAGAAAAAUCACCCGGACCUUAUGGUAAUCGGCAAGGAAAUCGUGAGCAAGUGCGGGGGAAAUCCUCUAGCGGUGAAGACUUUGGGAAGCUUGUUGUAUUCCAAAAAAAAGAACCGGAGCGACUGGGAAUAUGUAAGAGAUAGUGAGACAUGGCAAUUACCAAAUGAUAUGUUAACUUCACUUAGAAUAAGCUACGAUCUAAUGCCGUCUUACUUGAAACAAUGUUUUGCUUAUUGCUCGAUAUUCCCGAAGAACCACCUGCUCCUCAACUUGGAACUGAUUGAACUGUGGAUCGCGAACGGGUUUAUCCAAUCCAGCGGAAAUAAUCAGGAGCCGGAAGAGAUUGGACGGCAGUACAUGGAGGAGCUGUGCUCGAGAUCCUUCUUCGAAGUUGUCGACGAAGUGUGUCCAUUUAUGUCCUUCCGAAUGCACGACCUCAUUCACAAACUUGCCAUUUCGGUGGCACAAACUGAAUCGUUCAACAUGAAAGUGUGCGCGCAGGAUAUUUCCCCGACGACUCGGCAUAUAUCAUUUCCCGACCCAUCGAGUGUACCAAAAGAUGAUCUGCGCGGCUGCUUGAGAAAACUCAGCGGCGUUCGUACCAUCAUGUUUGAGGAGGAUUCCGAUGGGGAGUUCUUUCUAGAGAUGUGCAUUUCGCGAUUCAAGCACUUGCGAGUGCUAGGGCUGUCUGAAUCUAGCUUUGACCUACUGCCUAGUUCCAUAGGCGGUCUAAAGCAUUUGAGGUGUCUUGAUUUAAGCCAGAACAGUAAUAUCAAGAAACUCCCCAAAUCGAUCUGCAAGCUUCGCAAUUUGCAAUACUUAAAUCUUGGCGGGUGCGAGGAACUCGAGGAGCUGCCUGCAGACAUCAAGAAUAUGUUCAGCCUCCGCGUUUUGGUCAUAACCACGAAACAGCAGCGUUUCCCGGAGAGGGGAAUAGGAUGCUUGACCUCUCUGCGGUGGCUAAUCAUUGGAGGGUGCGAGAAUUUGGAGGCCUUGUUCGAUGAUAUCCAAUCACUCACCUCGCUCCACAAGUUGGUCAUUGCAGGUUGUCCGAAGUUGGCCUCCUUACCGCAGGGCAUCAAGAAUCUGAAGGCAUUGGAGGAUCUCUUGAUUGGCGGCUGCCAGAGCUUGAAGCUGCCGGGAGGCGAAAGCAACGAACCAGGCUCCAUGUCGAGGCUUCAAUCGUUCAUGAUUGGGGGAUUAUCGGAAAUAAUUUCUUUGCCCGGGUGGCUUGAAGGUUCUGCAAGCACACUGCAGAGGAUAAGAAUCAAGGAUUGUCCCAACCUGAGUGUGUUGCCCGAGUGGCUGCAAAAUUGUUCUUCUCUGAGAACACUGCAGAUUAAACAGUGUCCUAAAUUGUCCUCUCUGCCAGAUGGCGUUCGCCGCAUUCCCACACUGACAAAGCUGCGGAUAACUGGUUGCGGGGAAUUGAGCAGUUGUGGAGAAGAAGAUGAUUAA